AUGUUGUAUGGUCAGGAGGAAGGAGGAAUGAAUGCAGAUCAGGGUGGAAGUAGUAGUACCACUUUGAACAAGGCCAUUGGAAAGAGUCCAUCAUCAUCAUCUCCCAUCCAAGUGCCAAUGUCAACUCUUCAACAACAGCAACAACCUCAACAGCAACCUCAACAACAGCAACAACAACAAGUCAAUCAAUUGAAACCAACUAAUGAGAUAUUGACAGAUAUUGAUAACAAUGUGACGAUAGAGAAGCGUAGAGAACAUGUGCGCCGAGUACUAUUCUCAAAGAUCCUAGAGAACAAGGGUAGCACUGCCCGCGAUCAUCUUGCCAAUGAGCGUACCUACCUUGCCUGGGUCAGGACCGGUCUGUCAGCAAUCGCUCUAGGUGUAGCGCUCGCCAAGAUAGGUUCUUCCAAAGUCGGUGGUAUUGUAUUUGUAGUGCUGGGGACCAUCUUCUUGUUAUAUAGUCCAGUGCGUUACUUCCAAGUCUACAAACAGUUGCUAAAGGGCAAGUUCGCGCCAAACAGAGUCGGCACCAUUAUCUUCAUUCUAUUGGGUAUUGCCGCUGCUGUAACUGCAUUGGUCGUCGUGCUUGCCAGU